GAGAAGACGAGAUUCUGGGGGGUUAACAGCUCCAAAGAGAUUGUGACAGAGAAGCUAAGGAGAACAAGCCAAGAGACUGAGACCUGAGGACAACUAAGACCUGGGAAAAUACGGAAUUAACGAGCAACUGGCCCCAGAUUGAGCAACAGGGCUUUCACAGGCAGGAGGCAUGAGUCACUCAAAUGACCCAGUAAUUAAGCCGUUCUCCCUGGAGACUUAUGAUGGGAGUGAAGAUGCAAGUGCUCGAGGUAAAAGAGCCAAACAGGGCAGUAGAUCAAAGGAAGGAAACGUGCAGAUGGACACCAGCCUAUCUGAGGAUGUGGAGACCACUAAGCCAAAAAUUAAAUUUAAUCUCAACUUUGAUAGAAUGGUUAGAGAGUCAGUGGGAAGCAACGAUCAGGGGGAAAGAUUUGACAUGGAGACCCUGUUUGCGGCAGUGUCCAGUGGGGAUGCCACCCGACUGCAAGGGCUGGAUCAGUACCUGGAGCACACACUGAAACACCUGACCAAUACUGAGUAUCAAUCACAUGGUAAAAAUGCCCUUAUUAAAGGGCUCCUAAAUCUAAAGGAUGGCAAAAAUGACACCAUAGAGAUUCUCCUUGAUAUUGCAGAGAAAAUGGGGGACUUGAAGAAAUUUGUCAACGCAGCAUACACAGACAGCAAAUAUAAAGGGCAAACUGCACUUCACGUUGCCAUAGAGAGAAGGAGUGAGUCCUUUGUCAAGCUGCUGGUGCAAAAAGGAGCUGAUGUUCAUGCCAGAGCCUGUGGGAAAUUCUUCCAGGAACACAAAGGACCCAAUUUCUACUUUGGUGAGCUGCCACUAUCACUGGCAGCCUGUACCAAUCAGCCGGCCGUUGUUGAUUUUCUCAUCGAUAAUCCGUACCAGAAGGUGGACAUCGCAAAGACGGAUUCCCAGGGAAACAUGGUGCUACAUGCUCUGGUCCUGGUCGCAGACAAAGAGAACACCAACUUCAUCAUAAGGAUGUAUGAUCAUAUCCUCACUACAGCAGCAAAGCGGUACCCAAUGAUUAAGCUGGAGGACAUUGAGAACCAUCAAAUGUUGACGCCACUAAAGCUGGCAGCUAAGUCAGGCAAAACUGAGGUGUUUGCACACAUGGUGCGGCGCGAGUUCCAAAAUGAGGAAUUUCAUCACCUUUCCCGCAAGUUCACAGAGUGGGUCUAUGGCCCGGUACAGUCAUCCCUGUAUGAUGUGACGUCACUUGAUUCCUAUGAGCAGAAUUCUGUGAUGGAGAUCAUUAUCUACAACAGCAGGAUACCAAAUCGACUUGAGAUGCUACAAGUUGAGCCUCUGAAUUGCUUGCUUAAUGACAAAUGGGACAAGUUCGCCAAAUGGAUAUUUCUCUUCAACUUCAUUGCCUAUCUUACAUAUUUGAGCACCUUUACGGUGGUUGCAUACCACAUUCACAAAUGGAGCGGGCUGCCUUUUCCAGUGCAGUCGUCUGUGGAUUGUCUGUACCUCACGGGCCUGCUGAUCAGCACUGUUGGGGCGCUCCUCUUCUUUAUCAGAGGGAUAUUAGAUAUAUGGAGGAAGUGUCCCACGCCACAGUCUUUGCUGGUCGACGGCUACGACGAACUUCUUUUUUUCAUACAGGGCUUCCUCUUCAUCAUCUCGGCAGUCCUGUACUGCUCUGGAAUGCAUGCAUACUUGGGCUUCCUGGUGAUCUGUCUCGCCCUCAGCUGGGUCAAUCUGCUCUACUUCUCCCGAGGUUCCAGACAUAUGGGCAUCUAUACUGUCAUGAUACAAAAGAUGAUCCUUGGUGAUAUUUUACGCUUUUUUUUUGUCUACAUUGUCUACCUCCUCGGAUUUUCUGCAGCUGUGGUGACACUGAUUGAGGACUCUUCUACCAACAUGACGGAGAACGGCGACCCACAAGAUAACGCUGACUGCAAAAAACCCACCUACAAAAACAUACAAUUCACCAUCCAGGAACUUUUCAAGUUCACCAUUGGAAUGGGUGACCUGGAGUUCACUGACCAGUUCCAGUACCAGGAGGUCUUCUACAUUUUGCUGAUCUCCUAUAUCGUGCUCACCUACAUCCUACUGCUCAACAUGAUCAUCGCACUUAUGAGUAAGACUGUGGAGAACAUCUCUGAAAAGAGCUUCACCAUCUGGAAACUUCAGAGAGCAAUCACCAUCCUGGACAUAGAGAGGACUCUGCCCUCCUGCCUCAGGAAGAGACUGCGCUCUGGGAUGGAGAAAGACCUGGGCAGGAAGCCUGAGACAGACAAGCGCUGGUGCUUCAGCAUGGAGGAGGUCAACUGGGACAAGUGGAGCAGCAACCUCGGCAUUAUAAAGGAAGAACCAGGAAACCAGGAGAAAGACCCAGAGCUUACGGCUCCCACCAGGAGGGACAGAGGAAGCAGCUGGUAUCGACUGCUGAGCCGCAGGCGGCCGGCACAACCUGUAGAAGAAGUGGAGACAACGCCUAUGAUGACCAGCAGAGUGUGAAAGGGGCACCUUCUCAUUCUGGCCUCCGGAGGGCAGUGUCCCCCAGAAAGCAUCUCUCUUUUACAAAACCCUCAUUUUAACCCUUUCAACUUAUGCAAGUUUUUGGGGUGACAUCUCAAUCAGCCAAUAACAAUCAGUCCCCAGGACUGGCUGUUUUAUUAUUGGCUGAUUGAGAGAUCAUCCCAAAAACCAGCACCCACACUAACACUCCAUGGAUCAGGUCCCCCACCCCUGGCACGGACUGUCCAUGGUGGGCCCAUCAAGACUGUGCACCUGUUCAAUACACCUGUCAGCACACGCACACACACAGUUAUUAAAAUUGGUGCACAGUUGCAAAUUUUGUUUGGUUUUAUUAUCAUCUUUGAUCUUAGUUGUGGUUAACAUACAUUGUACCCAUAUGCAUGAAUACCCACAAAUUUAUUAUUUUAUUUAUUUUAAAAAAUAAAUAAACUUUGAA